AUACAUACAGAUGGAAAGUGAGCAUCAUGAUGAAGUAGCCAAAGAAAGGUAUCACUGCUGCCUUGGACAGCUUGUGCAUGUUGAGAAGAAUAAAAAUUCAAGUAGUGCAGCAGCCACUGGCUUCGAUUAAGUCAUAAGCCCUGCCCACAACAGCCUCCAUCUCACCUGCUGCUAUGGGGGAGGCAUUCACAUGCGACAUGACCUAAUUCAACAACAGUGGACUUUUUUAGUACCCACUAAAAAUGGACAAGAACUGAUUGUUUUUUACGCUGUUGAGGUGCUUUGGGGGACAUGUUUUCUCCCCUUGGAUUCUGCACACCAGUGGGGUUGUCUGCCCACCUUUUCUCCUGCAAACACAUGAUGACUUGUGGUUGGCCAUAAGUGUUUAAAAAGCCGACCCCGAGCCAGACCCUAAAUUGCUGGUGUCCACUAACCAACUUUUAUAUUGAUGAGUCCAAACACUAAGGUAAAGCGAGCCAAGGAGAACGAGAAAAUGACACAAAAGAUGAACAGUUCCCUUGCUUUCCACAGCCCUGACAUCCUGUUUGCUCCAAACAAGGUGGGUCACGUGACACCUGACAGGUUCCCUUUGUCUUCAAUUCUCUCCACGUUUAAAAGGUAGCGCCGCCUGCUGCGUCACCCCGGUGACACAUUUGGCUGUUUUGGCGGGGGCCGGGAGGUGGUUUGUGUUGACAGUCCGGGGCUGCAGACUGUGGACUUUCAGUAAACACUAGUUAGUCAUUGACGCAGGAAACACAACCAAGCAUCUUCAUCAACGCCAUCAAGCAAGUCGUUCGUUGUCUUGUACGUCUCGCAACCUACGGGCUUCAUCGAGGUCUCUUUCUGAAGGGGUGAAAAAGGCAUUGACAUGUGUCGCCUCGCCUUCUGCGUGUGCGUCGCGGUCGCCAUGUGGGCGGAGUCUACACUAAGUCGGUCAGUCUUUUCAGACCAUCCGAAGGCGCAUAUGUUGUUGCGGUCUCGCCGCGCCAACUCCUUCUUGGAGGAGCUGAAGCCUCCUUCGAUGGAGCGCGAGUGUGUUGAGGAGACCUGUAACUUUGAGGAGGCCAUCGAGAUCUUCAAGACCAGAGAGGCCACACUGGAGUUUUGGACCAAGUACUCAGACGGGAACCAGUGUGAAACCCACAAGUGUGAGCACGGAACAUGCGUGGACAUGUUCAAAGACUAUGUCUGCCGCUGUAACCCCGGAUACGAGGGGAAGUACUGUGACUACCUUCAAACGGCGACAAACUGCAGUGUGAACAAUGGCGACUGUGACCAUGAGUGUUCCGAGAGCGGGGACGGCACUAACAGGAUGUGCAGCUGCGUGAUUGGCUACACGCUGCACGACGACGACAGGAAGUGCGUCCCUAAAGGAGCGAGGUCUUGCGGUCAGCUCCUGAUAGGCCGCUCAUCCUACUCCAAGCCCGUAGAUGGCCUCAUGCCCUGGAUGGUGGGUGGCGAGGUGGGCAAGAAGGGUGAGAGUCCUUGGCAGGUGCUAGUCCAGAACGCCAAAGGACGCUUUCAUUGCGGUGGCGUGCUCAUAGACGAGAGUUGGGUCCUGACGGCGGCGCACUGCCUUGACAACAAUCUGCGCCUGCGAGUGCGACUCGGCGACUACGAGCGUUUCCGCAAUGAGGGCACUGAGGUGACUUUGGCAGUCGUCGAGGCCUUCAAGCACCCCAACUAUGACAGCAUGACUGUGGACAACGACAUCGCCCUGCUGCGGCUGGAUAGCCCCGCCCCUUUCUCAGAGUACAUCCUGCCAGCGUGCUUGCCGAGUCGUCGGCUGGCCGAGAACGUGCUUCACCGCAACGGGACGGCCACUGUGGUGACGGGUUGGGGCAAGGAUAGCAUUGACAGCGCCCGCUUCAGCUCGGCGCUCAACGUCAUCCGAGUGCCGCUUGUCAGCCGCGACGUGUGCGCCGGUCUAAUGUCGCACAACAUUACCGACAAUGUGCUGUGCGGCGGCAUCCUCGGCCAGCGCAUCGACGCCUGCGAGGGCGACAGCGGCGGUCCCAUGGUGACGCUCCACGCUGACACUUGGUUCCUGGUGGGCUUGGUCUCGUGGGGUGAGGGCUGUGGCCGCGAGGACAAGCUGGGCAUCUACACCAAAGUGUCCAACUACAAUGAGUGGAUCAACACCGUGCGUGAAAACUGGGACAAAAGGGGACACCCUCCAGAACCCUGAUGUGCACGUGUGCACGCUCCUUCAAUAAACGGAUCAUUCACCUGUUUGCUUGCUUU